CAGUCUGACAAACCCUGGGCUGCUCCAGUGACAGACUGGGAUCUGCUGGCUACUGGCUGAAACAACAGAAAGUAAUCACCCUACACUAUGUAUCACCUGAGGGUGCCUGUGCUUCUCCUCAUGCUGCUUGUGCUGCUGCGCUGCGUCACCGCUGCCCCAGGCUACAGGUACUUCAGUCCAAGCUCAUCUGGCGAGCAGGAAAGUGCUCUCCCAGACGGUGACGGCUGGUUAGCUCCUGGGCUAAUCUCCAACCCGUUCCUCAGCCUCAUGGGUACACGGCCGGAGAGGGGGCUCACAGCUAUGAACAGUCACCACGUGGAGAAGAGGAAAUGCAACACAGCCACCUGCGUCACCCAGAGGCUAGCAGACUUCCUGGUGCGCUCCAGCAACACUAUCGGUACCGUGUAUGCGCCGACCAACGUGGGAUCUUCCACCUACGGCAAGAGGGACCUACUGCAGCCUCGCAGCUACCUGCCUCUCUAGUACCGACUGAGGAACCUCCACCAGCACUCCCAGUACUCCAAUGAUAUAACCAGACAUCUUAUGUAACAAUGAUU